AUGAAGUGGAUAUCUGCUAGAUGUGUGCUCAAAGUGGACCUGAGAAAGGCUUAUGACACUUUGGAAUGGGGAUUUUUAGAGAAAUUGCUGAGUGAUUUGGGACUUCUUGCUAAAUUAGUGCACUGGAUUAUGACUUGUGUGUCUACUGUCUCUUAUUCCUUGGCUGACAUUGUGUCUGUUAAAUUAAUGUAUGAUGUCUUCAUAAAGUUUUCCAAGGCAUCUGGAUUACAAGCUAACACUGAUAAAAGUUCCAUAUAUAUUGCUGGAGUAAGUGAUCAAACAAAGUACCUUGGUGUACCUCUCUCUUCAAAGAAAUUGAUUGAUGCUGCUUAUUUGCCUCACAUUGAGAAGAUAACAUCUAAAAUUACUUGUUGGUCUGCCAAGUUAUUGUCAUAUGCUGGUAGAAUGCAACUAGGACAGGUGCAGUGA